GGGGCCGGGGCCGGGGCCGGGGCUAUGGCCAUGGCUAUGGCUAUGGCGGCGCUGCGGGCGGUGCUGCUGGCGCUGCUGCUCCGCUCGCUCCCCUCCGCCGGCAGCUCCGCGGACUCCGCCUGCGCGGUGCCCCCGGACGACCGCUUCGACUGCGGCCCCGAGCGGCUGCUGGCGCGGGCGGGCUGCGAGGCUCGGGGCUGCUGCUACGUUCCGGCCGGCCCCGGCGACGGCGGCGGCCCUCCCUGGUGCUUCUUCCCCCGCGGCUACCGCAGCUACCGGGCGGACAACGUGACGGCCACGGCCGGCGGCUACGCGGCCCGGCUCCGCCGCGUGGUGCCCAGCUUCCUGCCCGCGGACGUGGGCACGCUGCGGCUGGACGUGGCGCUGGAGACCGAGAGCCGCCUGCGCUUCACGCUCCGCGAUCCGGCGCGGCAGCGCUACGAGGUGCCCGUGGCCACACCGCGGGUGAGCAUCCGCGCGGCCGACCUCCUGUAUGGGGUGCGGCUCCGCCAGGACCCGUUCGGCAUCGUCGUGUUCCGGCAGCCCGGCGGGCAGGUCCUGCUCAACACCAGCGUCGCUCCGCUGUUCUUUGCGGACCAGUUCCUGCAGAUCUCCACCUCUCUGCCCUCCCGUUUCAUUUCUGGGCUGGGGGAGCGCCUGACCCCUCUCAUCCUCGACACGGCCUGGACCAAGGUCACGCUGUGGAACCGGGACAUGGCACCCGUGCCCCAGGUCAACCUCUAUGGCUCCCACCCCUUCUACCUGGUGCUGGAGGAUGGUGGCUCUGCGCAUGGCGUCUUCCUGCUGAACAGCAAUGCCAUGGACGUGCUCCUGCAGCCCAGCCCGGCCCUGACCUGGCGCACGACGGGCGGCAUCCUGGACUUCUAUGUCUUCCUGGGCCCUGACCCCCAGAGCGUGGUGCGGCAGUACCUGGAUGUCGUUGGGUUCCCCUUCAUGCCCCCAUAUUGGGCCCUGGGCUUCCACCUGUGCCGCUGGGGUUACUCCUCCACCGCCGCCACCCGGCAGGCUGCAGCCAACAUGUCAGCUGGGCGCUUCCCCCUGGACGUGCAGUGGAACGACCUGGACUACAUGGAUGCCAAGAGGGACUUCACCUACAACAAGGAAACCUUCAGGGAUUACCCCGACAUGGUGCACGACUUCCAUCAGCGUGGCCUGCACUACGUCAUGAUCGUGGAUCCUGGCAUCAGCAGCUCAGGGCCGCCUGGCACCUACCGGCCCUACGACGAGGGGCUGAAGCGAGGAGUGUUCAUCCGCAACGCCACGGGGCAGCCGCUCAUCGGGAAGGUGUGGCCGGGCCCCACGGCUUUCCCAGACUUCACCAAUCCUGAGACGCACGAGUGGUGGCACGACAUGGUGAGGGACUUCCACGAGCAGGUGCCCUUCGACGGCAUGUGGAUUGACAUGAAUGAGCCGUCCAACUUUGUGGAGGGCUCCCAGGACGGCUGCCCCGACAACAGCCUGGAGAAGCCCCCAUACGUGCCAGGUGUGUUCGGGGGCCGCCUGCAGGCGGGCACCAUCUGUGCCUCCAGCCAGCAGCACCUGUCCUCCCAUUACAACCUGCACAGCCUGUACGGGCUGACCGAGGCCAUCGCCUCCCACAAUGCGCUGCUCAGGGUGCGGGGCACGCGGCCCUUCGUCAUCUCGCGCUCCACGUUUGCGGGACACGGCCGUUACGCAGGGCACUGGACAGGGGAUGUGGAGAGCAGCUGGGAGCAGCUGGCCCGCUCCGUGCCAGAGGUGCUGCUCUUCAACCUCCUCGGGGUUCCGCUGGUGGGCGCUGACAUCUGUGGCUUUGUGGGUGACACAUCCGAGGAGCUGUGCGUGCGCUGGACCCAGCUGGGAGCCUUCUACCCCUUCAUGAGGAACCACAACGACCACGGGAACCGGCCACAGGAGCCCUACGCCUUCAGCCUGGCCGCGCAGGAUGCCAUGAGGAGGGCCCUCCGCCUCCGCUACUCCCUCCUGCCCCACCUUUACACCCUCUUCCACCGGGCACACGUGGAUGGGGACACGGUGGCACGGCCGCUGUUCCUCGAGUUCCCCAAAGACCCCAACACGUGGAGCGUGGACCGCCAGCUGCUGUGGGGCGCAGGGCUGCUGAUCACACCGGUGCUGGAGCAGGGACAGACCAAAGUCAGUGGCUAUUUCCCAGCUGGGACGUGGUACAGCUUCACAGGGGACUCGACCAUCCACAGCAGAGGACAGUGGAUCCUCUUAGCAGCUCCCCUGGACACCAUUAACGUGCACAUCCGAGCAGGGCACAUCCUGCCCCUGCAGGAGCCCGGACUGAACACGGCUGAGUCCCGCAAGAAGGGGAUGACUGUGGUGGUGGCCCUGACGCCGGACGGCUUCGCCCGUGGAGAGCUGUACUGGGACGAUGGGGAGAGCUGGCAGAGCUUUGAGAAGGGGGACUGCACUGAGAUCCUCUUCCUGGCUGCACGUGGCGCUGUGCUCAGCCAGAUCUUGCGGGCGGGCGGCCACCUGGAUGGGAUCCUGCUGGAGGCUGUCACCGUGCUGGGUGUCCCCAGUGCUCCACAGCGAGUCCUGGCCAACGGCGUCCCCGUGGAGGACUUCUCGUACCGCAGUGACACCCAGGUGCUGCGUGUCUCCGUGUUGCUGCCAAUGUGGGAGCAGUUUGUGGUCGCUUGGUCCUGAGCAGGUGACUGCCCAGGGUGCCACUGUGCCAUUGUGCUUUGAAUCUGUCCAUCCCUUCCGAA